AUGCCUCGCCAACGGAGCAAGGGCUGCAUCCCCUGCAAGAUCCGCCGAAAGAAAUGCGACGAGAGAAAGCCAACUUGCGUCGCUUGUGUACGGAAUGUCCUUCUCUGUGCGUGGGACUCGGAGUCACCUCCAAGCCAACCCCACAACUCAAGUAGCAGAGGUCUCAAGGCUAAGAGCCCACGGCUAGGCCGACAUCAACUAGCGCCAAAGCGCAUGAGUUCGGACCUAGCGUUGUCUGCGGCACCAAAUCUCAUACAUCCUCAACUCGCCCACCCCAAGACAAACUUCCUCUACUCAUUUUUCUACGCCCGAGCCGCACAAACGUUGUCGAUCAGAGACAGGGAAGGAAACCCCUUCGUGCACGUCCUGAUGCCAAUGGCUGCGACCAGUGACAUCGUCUUUCAAGCCAUGCUUGCCUUCAGUGGAGUGGUCUAUGAACAGCAGCACUCCAGUAAUUUGGCCACGACGACGUGGGAACAUUAUGCGCAGGCGAUUCGCAGUUUGAAGCAUGCGCUUACGCUCUAUGUGGACCACCAAGUGGACCGCGGGGCUGAACUGGUCGCGACUGUGCUUCUUCUGCUGGCCUUGGAGGUCAGCAGGGCAGACUCCGAUGGUCAUUCGUUCCGUCAUCUCAGGGCCUGUCGCGAGUUGGUGUCAGGAGCUUUUGCCCACUGCCCGGAUCCCCAACUGUUAGGCUUCCUCGCAGAGUAUUACCUUUACAACCUGUCGGUACUCCCUUCUAGCUUGAUCGACGAGUUGGAUCCGAUUGAAGAGGACAUUGACUUUGCAUUUCGAAUCCUACUGAACAAUAGCAUCCCUGCAACCGGCGUCCUAUGUGGAUGCGCUCCGGAGAUGUUCCGGACCAUCUCGAAAGCGACGGCGAUAUCACGUCGUUUGCACGAUGAAUUCACUAGUGACGCUGGGCCCUCGGUCGAAUGUCUGCUGGAACGCGACAAUCUGUACAACUACGUCCAGUCUUGGUUGCCCGAACAUGCGGACGAGGAAAAUACCACGAUCGCGCGCGUCUAUCAAACAGCUCUCCUGGUCCUCCUGUUGCAGGCCGAGCCCGGAGCGUCUGACACUGUAGCGAUGGAUGCACUGGUGUCGAAUCUCAUCAGUCUCCUUCGGAUGAUUCCAGUUGAAUCUCACACAACCACAGUUCUCGCUUGGCCACUUGCGACUGUGGCACCGUGUGUCAAGUCUGGCACCGACCAGGCGUUUAUCCUACAGUACUUGGGUGCUGUUGUACAAAAAUACCGAUUUGGAAACCAUCGGCAGACCGAGCAACUACUUCGGCUAAUUUGGUCGCGCCGAGAUUUAGCGGAACAGGGUCCGUAUUGCAUACCACGCGCGAUGGAAGUACAGGGCUGUCGAUUCUUACUCUGUUAA